AUGGCCAAAGCGGUAAAGAUACUAACCAUCGCGGUGCCGACCGAUGACAAGUGGUACAAAGACCAUCAGCCCUCCCGUCACAAGGGUACAUCCCUCGAUACGUGCUGCGCCACCGGGAUGUGCAGCAUGGUUCUGGCCAGCGCACUCCCCCGGCUCGGCAACCUCACCGAGGUGAACAUCGCCGGCGACUACCUCGGAAUCGCGCACAUCGACUGUAGCAGCACGGCCUCGUCUCCCUACCUCUCCUGCCACCGCGUCGUGCCCGCCAUCUUGCACGCCAUCAAGCAAAGUGGCCUCGCCCCUCGACACCUCUCUCUGGUCGAAUCGCCAUACUACUACAACAUCCCCACCGACGCGACUUCUCCCCCCUGCUCCUGCCGCCUCCCCGAACUCGAAGUUGCCGCUUUCGACUACGUGCGCGAGCUCCGCCUCUCCCUCGGCGUCGGCCGCAUCCCUGCGUCGAGCACCCACGCCAUCGAGGUCAGCGACGACUUCGGCGCCCUCGGUCAGGCGCUCGGCCUGGCCCGCAAUCUCAGCCGCCUCGACUUGCACAGCUGGCACCCAGGCUGCAUCAACGAGACGCUCCUCCUACCCUCCUCAGAGGCGACGCAGCACUUUCCAGUGCUUCACGCGCUGCGGCUAUCCGGCGACGGAAAAGUCAGCAGCCUGCGACUCGCCGAGUUCCUGCGGGCCCAUGCCUCGCAAUUGACCGAGCUCGAAUUAGUUGACCUGGGCCUGAGCGACGACGCGCUGCGCUGGGUCGACUUGCUGCAGUGCGUGCGCGAUCGGCUGCACAACAACAACCUGCAGCGCUUCCACUUCGCACGCAACGACUAUACGGGGUCGGUGAUCAACGGGUGCGUGAACACGUGGUGGGGUGGGGCAAAGGUGCUGACGCAGGUUGAGGUGGGCUUUUAUGCGGCGGUGGUGCGCGCGGAUCCGCUCGAGGACGAGGAUCUGGGGUGGUUGGACGUGUUUGAUGAGGUCGACGAGUGGGUUGCUGUGUUUGUGGUUGAGGAGGAUGAUGGGGAGGCAUUUGAGCAGAUCGUGGAGGAGCUGGGCAGUGUGGGUGUUGCACUGGAUGUUAUGAUUGAGGGCUACUUCGAGUCGGAUGAUAUCUCUAAUGCUCAGCUUCUGGAGUAUAUUCUUUUGGGGACUUAG